AAGGUCAGCUUCGGCAUGCCUGAAGCACGAGCCGGGAAUUGCGGUUGCCCUUGGGUGCUCUUGCCACGCUGCAUGCAAAUAGCGUUGCUUGUGGCAGGUGCUGAGGAGGCAGCCCGGCUCAUGGCAGGAGUACUGAAAAUGGGAGAUAUUGAGAAGGGCAAGAAGAUCUUUGUCCAGAAAUGUUCCCAGUGCCAUACAGUUGAAAAGGGAGGCAAGCACAAGACAGGACCCAACCUGAACGGCCUGUUUGGACGUAAAACUGGACAAGCUGAGGGCUUUUCUUACACAGAUGCUAAUAAGAAUAAAGGUAUCACCUGGGGUGAGGAUACUCUGAUGGAGUAUUUGGAAAAUCCAAAGAAGUAUAUUCCAGGAACAAAGAUGAUUUUUGCGGGUAUUAAGAAGAAGUCUGAGCGAGCAGACUUAAUAGCAUAUCUCAAAGAUGCCACUUCUAAGUAAAAGUUGUCUGCUGCCUUAUUUAUUUCACAAAGGAGAUGGCAAUGGAAAUGUCUGUGAUGGUUUUUAAACUUUCUAUUUUUACAUGUACUGUGUCUAACCUUAAAAUCUGUCUCACUCACCAAAAUAAUGUUGCUUGUGGUGGGUGUUUGGAGUACACGCUUGUUUGGCAGCCAUAACUUAUGGAAACCAUAUGUAAUUGGGUAGACUUCAAUGAAUGCAAUGUUCAGUCAUUCUUGAUCAUGGAAUUAAAUGGAGAAAAAAAAUCAACAUUUCCUGCCUUUUCAUUGUAAAACGUGUCACGCGAGUCACUGUCAACAGCAUGAUAGCUUUGACAGCCCAACUCUUCGAGAUUAAAAAGGUAGGGUGGGUUUUGGCAUCCUUCCACAUACAUCAUUUGUUACGUUGCCUGGAAGAUAACAAACAAGAUAAUAUUUUUCUAAUCCUGACCAGUGCAAUGUGUGGUUGUGUAUGUUCAUCUGGCUAAAGCUUGGGAUAAGAAUGCAAGUUCAUCUGACUUCCUAAGUACUACUUGUGAAAUGACAGUUGUACCGAACCACUUUUAUUUUAUCUAGGGGAAGCAUGUUACCUGUUUAUCCAGAUGUUCUGACAGCUGCAUGCCCCAGUAAGAGUAUAAGAUUACUUCAGAAACAUCUUCAGUUUUUGAAAUGUUUUUGAAACCCUUUGUUCAAUAACUCUUCAGAAAAUUCCUGUUCAUAGCUUAAUAAAUGAAACGAAAAACUAUAUUAUGUUGAAAAGUAAGUGCUGAAGAUCAAGCUGAGCAUUACUAAAUCUUGUUCCUUCCAACAGAAGUGUUAACCUAAAAUCUAUUGUUACAAGUAAACUCUGCUGAAGGGGUAUAGGAAUGAAUGCACUGGUGUAUUAAAAGGAAACAGUCUUCCUCUGUGCCUGUCCUUAGCUAAUGUCAUUACUUUCAAAGGUUCUGUUUCGCACAGUGUAAAAUGGUAUUUUUAAAGUUGUUUUGCAUAGUGUAAAAGGGUAUUUUAAAAGUUCUAACUGCAUCUUUUCAUACUAAAUGAAUUGUUAAGUUGAAUGUAUUUACUGUGUACCAACAGCAAGGCACAAUUAAAAAGAGUGAUCAACACUGUAAAUUAAAGAAUUCAAAAUCUUA